AUGGGCAUCCUCAAUGCUGGAGCCAGUUCUUGUAAAAGUCUCACGUUAAUUCUAGGUCUUCGCCCGAAACGUUGGAGGAUGUAUCGUGGUCUGCAUCAACCUGAGCGUCGUAUUAACGUCAAAUGGCUCCAGUACAACGCGGAUCAGCCGACGCCUUGUGGAGAGAUUGACCUGCGAAACUCUUCAUCAUGUACUUCCAUACAAAAUGAAAGUCUUCACAUCAGAAGACAAUGCAACGAGAAGAUUGAAUGUAUACUGCAAGACAGGACCACGUAUCGUGUACUAGAGAAGGAACCAACCAUGAAGAAGAAUGAAACAUUACGGAAAAUGCUGAAAGAUAUGCAUGGAAACUGCGAAAAAGACGGAUAG